UUGGAAUUCAAGGGAGGAUUGGAGUUACUGUUUGGAUCUGUCAAGUGCCACGAAGUGGAUUUGGAUUCGAACGAGUCGAGAAGCUCCUGGUUUGGAUUCGAGAAAAUCUGCUCAAGGAGAGACAAGAGAUGUUCCUCAAAGGCAAAUCCGAGGCCCGGAGUUCUCGUUUUGAUCAAUGACUACGACUGGGAGCUCAUGGGGCAUUUGGAAGCGCCCAUCAAGGACAAAGACAGUGUAGUGUUCAUCUCGACGCUCCACGGAGGCUAGAAAACUCCUCCUUUGUUUUCCCUGAUCUUAACAUGGGUGAAUGGGCCAUGCAAAGUUCUCCAUCUCUCCUCACCACGUAGAACGAUUCGUCCACUCCUCGACGCGGCAAUCAUACUCGCACUACGCCCAGAUCAUCAAGUCGUGCGCCACGGUCCAGGAUCUCCUGCGCGUCCACUCUCAACUCGAGCACAACUCCUGCAAUCUCGUCGCGAAUCUCCUCAUCGACAAGUAUGGCAGAUUCGGCUGCGUCGCGGAGGCCAAAUUGGUGUUCGACGCGAUCGCCCAACCGGGAAUUCACUCGUGGAACAUCAUCACGGCAGCGUAUGCCCGAAAUGGGCAUCUGGAUCACGCCGCGCGGCUCUUCGACGUCAUGCCGCGGAGGGACGUUGUGUCGUGGACGUCGCUCUUGUCAGGAUUUUCGCAGUACAAUUGUCCCGGAGAGGCCAUCCGAGUUUUUCUCUCGAUGCCUCAGUGGGACGUCGUCGCGUGUAAUCCUGCCAUUGCAGCUUAUGCCCAAUCUGGGCAUAUUUUCGAUGCCGUUGAAAUCUUUGCACGAAUGUCUUACAGAGACAUUGCGUCGUGGAACGCAAUCCUUGCAGCUUACAGUGAGUCUUCUCAGGUCUUUAACGUUAACGCUUUUUCAGCGCUGAUGCCAAUGUGGGAUGCCAUCUCGACAAACACUGUUCUUACAGCAAAUGCCACAGCCGGGUAUCUCGAACGUGCGAAGUGUAUCUUUGAUCGUUCGAGUUUUCGAGAUGUGAUUUCCUGGACAGCGCUUGUUCAGGCCUACACUCUUAACGAAAACAUGGAUCAUGGGGACUUGGUGUUUCGAAAGAUGCCACAUUGGAACUCAAUUACUUGGAGCAUUCUCACCACAGCAAAUGCCCAACAAGGGGAUGUUCUUGCAGUGAAAAAACUAUUUGUCACCGCUCCAUUGCGCGACGAAGGAAUGUGGACGAACCUCAUCACAGUCCUCGCAUCGACAGGAAAGCUUGCCGAUGCCGUCGAUUCAAUGUCCCGGAUUCCGGAAUGGAAUGUCCUGGUAAUGACGACUCUGAUGACGGCGUAUUCCGGUGCGGGAAGAGUCCGGGACGCGAGGAAGGUUUUCGAUGCCAUCCAUUGCCGCGACAUUACGUCUUGGAAUGCCAUGGUUGCAGCUUUCUUGCAAAACGACGAGCUCGAGAAUGGGACUAGCGUUUUCUGGCAAAUGCCGCAGCACAACGUCUGCUCGUGCACGGCGGUUGCGGCCGCGCAUGGCGAUGCGGGCGAUCUCCACUCGGCGGAGGUAAUCUUCGCCGCCAUCCCGGAGAAGGACACUGUGGCCUGGAACGCGAUGAUCUGGGCUUACGUCUCCAAUGGGGAUCUCCAGACGGGCAAGGCGAUCUUCGAUUCCAUGCCGCGCAGGGGCUCCAGCUCCUGGGACACGAUGAUCGCAGCCUUCGCCCAGGGAGGAGAGAUCUCUCUGGCGAGCGAGACCCUGGUCAAGAUCCCCAGAUCAAGCGUUCUCUCCUGGACGUCGCUCCUCGCCGGGCAUGCCCAGGCCGCCGAGCUCGACAAGGCCAUGGCGGUCUUCCACGCUAUGAAGCAGCGAAACGACGUAAGCUGGAACGCUGUUCUCGCGGCGUAUGCUCAGGCCGGGGAGAUCGAGGACGCGCGGGCGAUCUUCGCCAAGAUGCCCCAGCUGGGCAUUGCGUCAUGGGCGGCGAUCGUCGUCGCCUUGGUGAGAAACCGCGACCUCGCCUCCGCGAAGGCGGCAUUCGAUGGAAUGCCCGAGCACGAUGUCUUUGCCUGGAACUGCCUCUUGCGGGCAUACGCCUCCAACGGCUUUGUGGCGGAUGCCCUAGACCUCUUCAGCCGAAUGACCGUUAAAAACCCAGCGUCCUGGGCCGCCGUACUCGCCUCGUGCGCCUACAACAACAUGGGGCGAGACGCCGUACGGCUCUUUCGGCUCAUGGUGCUCGACGGCCACCGUCCGGACGGUACGGCAUUCUCGGCUGUGCUGACGGGCUGCGGCCACGCGGGCAUGCUCGAGGAGGGGCGGCGGUACUUUUGGGCCAUCUCCGAGUCGUACGGCGUGACGCCCGCGGUAGAGCACUACAGCUGCGUCGUCAACCUGUUGGGGCGGUCGCGGCGCCUGGCGGACGCCGAGGAGCUCGUCGACUCCAUGCCGCUGUGCCCCCACGUCUCGACGUGGUCCGUGCUGCUCGGCGUGGCGGGGAUAUCCGGUGACGUGCGCCGCGCGGAGCGUGCCGCCGAGGAGAUCGCGCGGCUCAGCCCCUGCGCCCACUCGCCUUACGUGCUCCUCUCCAAUGUGCUCAGCUCGGACGGAUGAUCCAUUAAAGAAGGGUUUAAGUCGGGUUUUAAAAAAAUUAAAGAUCAUAAUUAACUAUGAAGAAUGAUAACAAACGUGGAUAGAUCUAGCGAGCUUCCACUCAGUUUUAGCCAAGAAUGAUAUAAAACGUGGAUAGAUCUA